AUGUCUCUGGCAAAGUUCAAAUCCGGUUCAAGGGCACGAGGGAUACUCUCUAUGCUUCUACCUAACACCAAUAAGCCAAAUAAUGUACCAGAAACUCAGCAGGAUUUUGAAAUGGAGAUGAACGAAUUGGAGGUUGCGUUGGGUGCAUCGGAAUCCUUUCAAAGAUAUAAGGCAGCGCACCAGAUGUCUAAGAUACAGGGCUCAGAAAUUUGUCUUGUUGAGCUGGAGGAAGAGAGAGAAGAAGCUACACGGCUAUUACACGAGUUUCAGGCAGACGCUCAACAGAAGUACCAGCAGUUCACCGAAAGCCAGCAGGAAAUUGAUAAGCUUGAGGUGCUUGUAAAGACAUUAGAUAUCCUUAUUUCCGAGACAAAACCAGUCAAGAUUCAACUGGUCGGAACACAGCAGAAGAGAGACUGCAGGAUGUAUGUACCAUCUUCGCAAUAUCAACCCCCUGAUUGUUCUGACGCCGGAAGCAAAAUCAUCGUGCCCAAAGUGCUAUCAAUUGAUGGGAAAGGAUUCGGUGAUACUUACCCCACAGCCACACACCAUAUUCCUGGAAAUUGCAUUCUCGCUGAUGCCGCCGACAUCAAUCGUGCUAAGCAGAUUGAGCUCGAAUACAUGUGCGUCGAUGACUUGAAGAAAUUGCGUUUUUUGAAAGUGAACAAGAACCAGAAGCUCGCCAAGAAGGACGAUGCUUUCCUUGCUUCCGAAGCCCUCAUCAACCAGAUCCCCCGUCUGGUCUCUCCAAGGCUGGAAAGUUCCCCACCUGUCUCCCACGCUGAGGAUCUCACCAACAAGCCCACUGAGGUUCGCUCCACCAUCAAGUUCCAGCUCAAGAAGGUUCUUUGCUUGGGUGUUGCUGUUGGCCACGUCCAGGUGAACGACGACGAGGUCCUCGGAAACGUCAUGCUGAGCAUCAACUUCCUCGUUUCGCUGCUCAAGAAGAACUGGCAGAACGUCAAGUCCCUUCACAUCAAGACCAUCAUGGGCAAGCCCGUCCGCCUCUACUAA